UAAGCUAUAUUUUAAGAUUUACUCAAAGGUGAAAUUUUAGCCUUCAUAUAUCUUAUUUUGGAAGCAAUCUCUUCCUAGUUCUUAUUAAUCCCAUCUUGCAAGGAACAUUUAACAAACCUGGAUGGGAUAUUUUAGAGGAGAUAAACAACUUUAUCUUGUGGGCCUGAUGGGACAGAUGGGAGUGAGGAUGCUUCACAGGAACCUGUUGCAGGCUGCUUGGUUGUGUUUGUUGGCUGUUCGGGUGAACAGCUGUCCAGAUGUCUGCGAUAAAUGUUCAGGGCCCAAAAAUGACCAGUGUGAGGAAUGCAAAGCAGGAUGGACUCUCCAUAACAACACCUGUGUAGACAUUGAUGAGUGUGGCACCGAGCUGGGUAUCUGCCCUGUAAACAGCUACUGCUUCAAUACAAGGGGUUCCUUUGAGUGCAGAGACUGUGACCCAGCCUGUGUGGGCUGUAUGGGUAGCGGACCGGCUCGCUGCAGGAAAUGUGCCUCUGGGUACACACUGACAGGCUCCAAGUGUUUGGACGUCGAUGAAUGUAGUGACAGGGUGCUUGCCUGUCACGGUCUGGAUGAGAUUUGUGUCAACACGGACGGCUCCUUCCGCUGUGACUGUGCAGAAGGCUUCAUCCGCACGGACAGCGUUUGUGUGAAGAAGAAGCAGCCUAGUGUUCAGGAGAAAGGUCUGUUUGAGGAUAUCCAGGAUGACGAGGUGGAGGUGCUGCAGCAGAUGUUCUUUGGGGUGGUGCUUUGUGCUCUGGCCACACUGGCUGCCAAAGGAGAUUUGGUGUACACAUCUGUAUUCAUGGGAGCAGUGGCAGCCAUGGCAGGGUACUGGCUUUCUGACAAGGGAGACCGUUUGUUAGACAGCUUCCUGAAGGGACGUUAAAGCUCAAAACCACUUGUCAUGUGGCAGAUGCACAAAUGCAUGUGCCACUGCUCACCAAGGCCUUAAAGAAUUACUGUUCAGACAAAGCAGGUCACAUGUAUUAUGGACAUUGUAAGUCAUUGAUAUGAAAAUUGUUUUAUGCUCUGAAAUUUGUUGUUAUAAUAUUAUUGCCACACUUUUUAUAUCUACAAAAUAAAUGAUCAUGGCAACCUUUUAACAACCACUGAAGCACCAUGAAAAUAAUGUUUUAUAAUAAAACAAAGUUUUAUUAGUAUGUUUUAAGACAGACUUCAUAAAACAGUUGUGUCAGUGUACAGAGAGUAAAUCGACCUACAAUAAAAAAGAAAGCCCCUUCUUUCAUAUUUGAAGUCUUCUUAAAACUCAGAAGAAGUGACAAAUUGACAGUUUUAAAAGCAUGUUUCUUAGGUUUUUAUUAUGGUUGACAAAGGACAAUAUUUCUUUUAUUUUCAGAAUUCUUUCACUAGUUUUUAAACAUCACACUGUAAUAUCAGAGGUGGGCAAAAGCCUAUAGUCCAUGUUGAGUGUGCAAGUUUAUUCCUCACCUUGUAAAUAAUAGUCUAAGCUUAAUUCAAGGUCCUCUUCCUCCAAAGGCCCUUAGGAGCUUUCCAACAUAUUUCACUAUAUCCAUCAGUGGGUGGAGUUUGCUUUGUUGUCGUGACAGAGCAAACUCUAGUCAUUGAUGAAGACUUUGAGAUGCAGUUGAAAGGGGUUUGUGAUACUGAUGUCUUGACAAAUGCCUGAAAGAUGAAAGAAAAAGACUUCCAACGUAUUCCAGCUGGAACAUUUUCCUGUACUGAGCUGAAAGUGAGUCUUGAACAUCUUGUGCUUUUUUAUUAUUUUUAAGCAGCUACCUUGCUCUGGUGUUUGGAGCCACAAACAUAUAGUGUAACCAAUUGUAGAUGUAGGAAAGAAGAAUUUACAGCCUCAUUGAAUUUAAACAUCUAUGUGUACAUAAACAAUGUAUUGGAUUUGCCUCUUAUAGCCUAUUUGCACUCUCUAAAUAUAAAGCUGCAACAUGUAACAUUUUGAAUGCCCCUUUUCUCCAUGUGCACAUCUAUAUGUAUUAAAACAAUUAAAUAUUUCCAAUGUUAA